GUAUUAUAUAUGUUAGGUUUUUCCUACAAAAACUACCUUAGUUUAUUGGAAGCGAAGCAAAGUAAACCAAGCCAAGCCGAAAAGGACAACCAAAGAAAAUGCCUUUCUGUCCUUUAAAUGUUUAAAAGUUAAACCCAACCAGAACUAAGCUAAGCUAAGCUAAGGUCUUCGACCCCAUAUUUUUCUUCUCCUUCCAAAUUCCAAUGACAAAGGCCAUUUCUCCCCCAUCGAAACGCAGAGAAAUAGACAUCGUUUCUCAGCAAAAAGAGGAAGAUCUCCUCCCGGGCUUACCGGACCACUUAGCCCAAGUCUGCCUCUCCCUCGUCCACCCAUCCUUCCUAUUUUCCGUCUGCCGUUCCUGGCGUCGCCUCAUCUACUCCCCUUCCUUCCCUCCUUUUCUCUCCUUGUAUGCUCUUUUUUCUUCCACCCAUUCCAAGCAAACCCACAUCAAUUUCCACGCCUUCGAUCCCAUCUCCUCUCACUGGCGCGUGCUUCCCACGCCCUCGCAUGGCUCCUCUCUCCGCCUCCUCCUCCGUCACCCCUCCUUCAUCUCUCGCAAUCUUCCCGUCCAAUCUAUUUCCGUCUCCGGGAACCUAGUUAUAGUCGCUGCAACCACCGAUAAUCUCUUCCCGGCGCUUCCGCGGCCGCUCGUCUUCGACCCCAUCACGUCGGAGUGGUGUCACGCGCCGCCGCUGUCCACCCCACGCAGGUGGUGCGCUGUCGGUUCUCUUCGCGGCUCGGUCUACGUAGCAAGCGGUAUCGGAUCGGUCUUCUCUUACGACGUUGCCCAGUCUGUUGAGAGGUGGGACCCACGUAAGAAAGCCGAGGGUCCGGGUUGGGAGCGGGUAAGCGAUCUCAAGGAUGGGCGAUUUUGUCGAGAUGCCAUUGACGCCGUCGGGUGGAGAGGGAAGCUUUGCAUGGUGAACGUAAAAGGGGAAUCGAUUAAGGACGGGGUCGUUUACGAUGCCGAUAACGACACGUGGGAAGAUAUGCCGGAGGGGAUGAUCGGAGGGUGGAGAGGGCCGGUGGCGGCCAUGGACGAAGACGAGAUGUUCGUGGUGGAUGAGGUGAAGGGAGCUCUGAAGAAGUACGAUGCGGGGAGAGAUUCUUGGGCUGAAGUAAUUGAAUCGGAGAUCCUUCGAGGAGCUGAGCAGAUCGCCGCCGGGGGUGGUAGAGUCUGCGUUGUUUGCUCCGGUUCUGGUGGAAAAGGGAUUGUAAUUGUCGAUGUGACGACGGUGCCGGCGAAGUUGUGGCCGGUAGAAUCGCCGGAGGGACUUGAAGCUGCGGCGGUUCACAUAUUGCCCCGAAUGACGGCUUCGUAAAAGCGUCCUCAAUGGAAAUAUAAUUUAAUUUUUUAAAUUUUUAUACAAAAAUCAUAUGAGAUAGAUUAUUAUUAGCUACCAAAUAUAAAUAAAUAGAUAAUGUAGUGAUUUUGUUUUGCUGGUGUGUAAAUAUUUGAAUCCGUUUUGUUUGGUACAUUCGAAAGUGUAAAUUUGUCUAUUUAGGAGAGUAAAAGGAGUGGUUGUAAAUUGGUGUAAAAGUAGGGUGACGUAAUGAUGAAAAGCCCGAAUUAGGGGGGCCCUCCAAGCUGAUCACUGAUAUCAAUAAUGUCAUGAGAUGAAGCAUGGGUAUGAUAUAAUCUAAAGCAUGAAAUGUCAUGUAUAUUCAUGCAUCGAUUCGGUUCA